AUGUCAUCAUCAGGCUUGGGUGAGUCGCGUACUGAAUUGUUGAGUUGGCUCAAUGACCUCUUAUGUUUAAACUAUACAAGAGUUGAGCAAUGUGGGAACGGUGCUGCUUAUUGCCAAAUAAUGGAUUCUAUAUUUUGCGAUAUUCCAAUGAAUCGUGUAAAGUUUGAUUCUCGUGCGGAGUAUGAGUCUUUAAGCAAUUUCAAGAUUUUGCAGAGCUGCUUUACCAAACAUAAGAUUGAGAAAACAAUAUUCGUAGACCGAUUGAUAAAGUGCAGGUUUCAAGAUAAUCUAGAAUUCUUGCAAUGGUUGAAGAAAUUUUGGUUGCAGAAUAAAGACGAAUCACCAUACGAUGCGCAGUUGCGUCGUAAAGCACAGAAGCCUUCAGGUACAGCGGAAGGUGUAUCAUCAUCGAUCACACAGGCUUCAAAAAAACGUACAUUAACUACUUCUGCCUCCUCAUUGAAUGAGAUGUCAGCGUCUCCUAGCACAAAACCUCGCAUUUUACAGAAAGUGAGGCCUAUUGGUCAGUUCAACGGAUCUGCUGGCAUUUCAGGUACUGUCAUGAAGAGAACUCCGUCUUCUGGCACCACUUCACGGAAACCGCAAUUGACAUCGAUGUCAGCAUCUGCUAGCAAUGAUCAAUUGGCGAAGUUGCAAAUGGAGCUUGAUAGUUCCAAUAUGAAAAUAGAUAAGCUGAACCAAGAAGUAACGCACUACCAGGACGCGAUGAAUAUUAUGGAGAGAGAACGAGAUUUUUACUUUGGUAAACUACGGGAUAUUGAAAUUCUCGUUCAAUCCACACAAGAUUUAUACAAAGAAGGUGUGUACAAUGAUGACCCACAAGAACUUAACAGGUUUUUAGGGAAGGUGAACCAGAUCUUGUAUUCUACGGAAGAAGGAUUUGAGGUUACUCAGACUGAAGAGGUAGCCAUAGCAGCCAACGGGGAUCAUACAGGACCAAUGCUUCAUCAGGGGUUAGAAACAGUCACACCCAUACAAAAUCUCCUCACUGAUGAGGAGACCUUCUAA